AUGGACAUUUACCAAGACAGUCACUUGUAUGACAUUGGUCCCGCACAUGGACCUCGACUCGCAUCGUCAGUUGUUCUGGCUGCUACACAUGAACGUCAGUACCCACGAACACUGCAAGAGCUAGCAACGUACAUUCAAGAGCCCCAAUUCACACAAGCGUUCCUCAAACACCUCCACAUUCUUCGACAUCCAACCCGGGUUGUACCAGACGUCAUAGCCAACAGUGCGGAUUUCACUGGGAAGAUACACGUCCACCAUUCGGCCGUUGCCCGCUUCUACGCCCCAAGCGACGCCUGCGGUGCAGGCGGAAUGCAACGACAGAUCAUUCGAUGCAAUCCACAAUGGCGCAGCCAGGAAAGGCGGGAUACCGUUUUCGUUGCGCAAGGCGACGAGCCUGGGAUGCAGGGGAUGCUUGUUGCACAGCUUCGUCUACUGUUUUCCUUCACUGACCCAUAUACGGACCAGCACCACUCGUGCGCACUCGUGAAUUGGUUUAACAUGGUCGGCGAUGAACCCGAUUCGACGGAACCGGGAUGUGGGUGGUGGAGAGGGAGGUGA